UGAGUUUUCCCUGGUGCGCCGCCUCUUGCCCAGCUCGGCGAGAGAGCGGAGAGAACAAUGGCGAGCGGCGCGGAGGAGGAGGGGAGAGAGAGGCGGGAGGCCGGGGAGGAGGAGGAGGAAUACGACGAGGAGCGGCCGCAGCUGAGCGCGGCGGCGGCGGGGGCGCUGCGGGAGUUCCUGGAGGAGCAGCGACGGCAGGAGCGGGACGAAGGGGAAAAGGGGGGAGGAGAAGGGGUGGAGCUGGUGGCGGAGGACUGGCGGCUGAGCCAGUUCUGGUACGACGAGGGCACGGCGCGGGGGCUGGCCGAGGAGGUCGCCCGCCUCGCCUCCGGCCUGCCUGCCGGCGGCGCCGCCGUGGCCUGCGUCGCGUGCCCCACGCUCUACGCCUACCUCAGGAAGAGCAGCCCGGAUGUGCCCGCGCGGCUGCUCGAGUACGACGAGCGGUUCGGGCAGUACGGCGACGACUUCGCCUUCUACGACUACAACCAGCCGGAGGCGCUGCCGCCCGCCAUGAAGCACGCCUUCCAGAUCGUCGUCGCAGACCCUCCUUACCUGAGUCAGGAGUGCUUGGAGAAGGUUGCCAAGACGGUCUCCUUCCUCGCACGGCCUCAAGGCUCAUUCCUGCUGUUACUCACAGGCGAAGUUCAGAAGGACCGCGCGCUGGAGCUCUUAAACGUGCGCCCCUGCGGUUUCAAGCCUCAGCACUCGAACAAACUGGGGAAUGUGUUCCGGCUGUUCACGAAUUAUGACCCGGUAGACAGACUUGGUGGCUGGGAUCAGAGCGAUGGCGCCCCCAUUUAGCCUUCUGAUGAGGUUGCCCAUGGUGCUUGUGGAAAUGUGACAGCGAUUGUUCAUCCUAUGGAUGCUCUCGUAUGAUGCAUCUUUCAGUCUGGUAAACACGAAUUUAGCACGUAAUGUUUUUUGUUUGAUACAUCUGUGUCAGUUACUCUCAUGUAUUAGGCGAACCAGAUUCUUCGCAAAUGUAACCUACCUGUGUUUGAUCCCC